UCUUCAAAUACUUGGUUUUACUAGUUGGAUCUCCCUCACUCUCGCGCCCUCCCUCUCUCUAAAAAAAAAAAAAAUGCUUCCUUUGAAUCUCAUUGAUUUAUCCUCCACCUCCACUGUCACUUUCUCCAAAUCCAAACAUCAAUACCCCAUAAAUGUCUCUUCACUUCUCAACAGAACUCAACGCCAAAGAUGCCUACACCACCUAUCGGCCCUCCCCAGCAAACGCAUCUCUCUGGUCACACAAUUGGGAACCAAAGUCUCCAGCUUAAGUAAAAUUCAUGGCUACCCACUUGGCCUUUCUUCUCAUAUCCAAGUUUCAGGCCCCAAGACCGGCCAUUUGAGCAGAAUCUCUGCAUGCCCAUCUGGGUUUUCUUCAAAACCCAGAUCCCAAAUCCCCAGAGCAGCAUCAGAAGCCAAUCCUGAUGGUGAAAGUACUGUAUCUGAGGCCAAGGGAAAUUCCACGACCCUCCCGCUUGCACUUGUGUUUGGUCUAUGGUACUUCCAGAACAUUGUCUUCAACAUCUACAAUAAGAAAGUACUGAACCUCUUCCCAUUCCCAUGGCUCCUUGCCUCUUUUCAGCUCUUUGUCGGGUCUGUAUGGAUGCUCAUUCUCUGGUCUUUGAAGCUCCAACCGUGCCCAAAGAUUUCGAAGCCAUUCAUCGUUGCUCUACUUGGACCUGCAUUGUUCCACACAAUAGGCCACAUCUCAGCCUGUGUUUCAUUUUCUAAGGUGGCUGUUUCGUUCACCCAUGUCAUCAAAUCCUCAGAGCCUGCCUUCUCGGUCGUAUUCUCGUCAUUCCUCGGCGAUACCUACCCAUUACAGGUCUGGCUCUCAAUUCUCCCUAUCGUUCUUGGUUGCUCAUUAGCUGCCGUUACUGAAGUGUCUUUUAAUUUCCAAGGCUUGUGGGGUGCCUUGAUUAGCAAUGUUGGGUUUGUAUUGAGGAACAUUUAUUCGAAACGCAGUUUGCAAAACUUCAAGGAGGUUGAUGGGUUGAAUUUGUAUGGUUGGAUCAGUAUAAUUUCAUUGCUGUAUCUAUUUCCCGUGGCGGUGUUUGUUGAAGGGUCUCAGUGGGUUCAAGGGUACCACCGUGCUAUUCAAGCUGUGGGGAAACCGUCUACCUUGUAUAUAUGGGUGUUGCUAUCUGGGGUGUUUUACCAUCUCUAUAACCAAUCGUCUUACCAAGCGCUCGAUAAGAUCAGCCCGUUGACGUUCUCAGUUGGAAACACAAUGAAGCGGGUGGUGGUGAUAGUAUCUACUAUUUUGGUGUUCAGGAAUCCGGUUAGGCCUCUGAAUGCACUUGGAUCUGCCAUUGCGAUACUCGGGACAUUCUUAUAUUCGCAGGCCACAUCAGCUUCGAAGAAAAAAGUGGCCGAAAAGAAGGAUUGAAAGGAAUUCAGAUGGUCUACUUACAGUUUUCGAUUCUUUUUGUUAUUGACAAGAUUUGUGCUUCUUUUCUAGUUUCCUUUGUUCUAGAGCUAUGAGAUUUUAAUAAUGCAUUUUUUCUAACAUUUUUUUU